CGCACGAGGAAAACAGAAUAGAAGCGGAGUGAGGCAGCGAGCGCCCUCGAUCGUUUCCUUGUUCGCUUUCUAAGUCAUCGAAGAACCGUUUCUUUUAGAUCAACAGCCGAAUGGAUAAAGGUGGGAUGGACGCGGCGCCUCCUCCACCUCCUCGAUCCCCUGCAUCUCUCAGGUGGUCGAUCCUCCGCAAGUCGCUCCUCCGUCGUCCCUCUGCCGCACCAGAUGAUCCCUCGGAAGUGAACACCAAGAACGUAUCCAGGAAAAGAGGUGGUGUCUUUAACCUGAUCCCGUGUCACCCGGUUGACGAUAGCGAUUCAGUGGAAGUCGUAGAAGCUACCCUGCGGGCGAAAGAUCUCGUCGGUCCACGUGAUGUCUGCACACGCUACAAAUUACCUUUGGAGAAUGGUCCUGGACUUGUUAUGAUCCAAAGAAUGGAGGAUUGUGUUGACCUAAAUGAUUUUGAGAUCUCCACUAGAUUUGAUAUCGACACCACGGGGUUAGUUUGUAGUUGGCCUUCAGAAGAUGUUCUUGCUUAUUUUUGCGUAAAUCAUCCUUUUAUGUUCCGGUCCAAAAGAGUGAUUGAACUUGGAUCAGGUUAUGGGUUAGCUGGAUUGGCUAUUGCUGCAAGUUCAGAUGCUCAAGAGGUGGUAAUUUCUGAUGGGAACCCAAAUGUUGUUGAUUAUAUUCAGCAUAACAUAAGUCUCAAUGCUCAAGUUUUUGGAGCUACAAAAGUACAAUCAAUGAUCUUGCAUUGGAAUCAGGAUCUAGUUUCUGAUGUGUUGAGUUCCUUUGAUGUUGUUGUUGCAAGUGACUGCACUUUCUUCAAGCAAUUUCACGAAAGCCUUGCGUGUACAGUCAAGUCUCUCUUGAAACGUUCAGAGGUCUCUGAAGCCAUUUUUCUGAGUCCUAAGAGAGAGUUGGAUGUGCAGAGUUCUAGCACCAGGAGAUAAAGUUUUGGAAAGUCAGGACUAAACAGGCAAAGAUUGGCAGACAAACCAUUUCCAAGCAUCAUGAUGCUUCAACCAGGACCAACUUCUGAGACAUCCAUGAUGAUGCAGCAAUCAAUAAUUCCUAGGUCACUGUUCCAGACAAUUAGCUCAGGGACUGAAACCUUAAACCCAUAAGAAUUGCUUCUGCCAGAGAAAUUUCUUUUGGAACAAAAGUUGCUGCCUUAACAUGGUUGGCCACAUGAGAAUGUGCCUUUUCCUGCACUAAUAUUCCCAGGACCUGGUCUUCAGUGCAUGACUUGCCAUUUCUAUAGAUUAUUGUGCUACUAUGGUCGUUCCAGUCUUUGUCCUUUGUCCUAUUGCCUCCACCUGCUACACCACAGUAAUGAGUGGCUUUCAAACACUUGGGAAUCUGAUGCAUUCAUACCAGCCAUGAAGGUCAGGCAAGAACCAGAUACCAGGAAUUUAUGUAGCCAUAUCUUGGAAUAUUGUUUGGCCUUAUUAAACUAUGAGAGAGAGACAGAGAGAGAGCUGUUGUAUCAAAGUGAUUUGUCCUUUGCACCAAAAGAAUCCAUUCAUCAAUCUCUUUUUCCACUUGCCACCUCAGGUUGUUUGGGCUUUUAAAGGCACAACACAUUGACAAGGGG